AUGUACCCCAGCGCUGCAGUCGGUAUCGGUUCGCAGGGUAUACAGGUCUGCGAGGGUACACUCAAGUAUUACCACGAUUGGAGCGGAUAUGCUGAUGACAUACAAGAAACUUACGCGUGUAUCGAAUCCCCUCGGAAAACACUCAAGUCCCUAGACGACAUACUACUGAGUGGUUUUUCAAGCAUUCUCGCAACAUGGGCGCAAGAGCGCCUCGCGAUAUGCCAAGAUGAGAUUAAGCAGUCGGGAAAGAACUCAAAGAAGCUCGGCAAAGAUGCCCCAGUUGAGUAUGGACAAGAAUCCCAAGCUGCUGUUCGCCGGCUCACAUAUCCUUUCAGUGUCGCUCUAGCUAUAUCAACGUCCUCGUAA